AGUGCUGCCUGUCCCUUCCCCGGAGUGAAGAGUGGAGUACAGAGGGAGGGACAGAGAUACAGAGGGACCAGGUCCCCAGAAAUGUCCCUGCUGAGAUGCAGGCCGCAGGCCCUGCCAUCACUCUGCCUUUCUGUGCUGUUCCUGGCCUGCUUUGUAGCAUCCAUGUCUACAGAAAGCCUGAGCCCCACGCCUGGCCCUGAGAGCAGCCGCUGGAGCCUGGUAAGGACCAGGGUGAUGGAGAUGGUGGAGCCACUGGUAACCAGAACCAGGAACAGAUGGCAGUGGUUCUGGGGCCCUGGAGCUGUCCAGGGCUUUAUACAGACCUACUAUGAAGAUCACCUGAAAGACCUGGGUCCCCGAACUCAGGCCUGGCUGCAGAGCUCCAGAGAUGACCUCCUAAACAAGACCCACAGCCUGUGUCCCAGACUGCUGUGCAGAGACCGGACUCAGGGUUAAAGUGCCACGUCCCUCCCUCCCCUGGCACCCACAAUAAAGGUGUUUGUUCUUGAUCUG